UAGAACAAACACAUUGGUUUACUGGUAGCUCUAACCCUAAUUGUGACAUACUGCUCAGUCCAAUGCUACUGAGACCUACUCAUAGGAUUUGCCAUCAAGUCCAUGUCCCUCAGUGUUUCUGCUAGCGCAUCUUGGUCAUCACAAAAAUCAAAGCAGCAGACCAUUAAUAAUUUAGCGGACAAUGGAAUCUUUAGUGUGAAAUUGUCUCAGUCUGUCAGGAAUAGUGCACAGCAGGUAGAACUCUCCCUAUUUAGUUUCUGAGACCAUCUGUGGCAGAGCCAGAUACAUUGUGUCCAAAAGAGAGGAAGAGAGAGAAAGAUAAUAAAUACUGAAGUCGGAGAUGAAUGCAGAGAUCCAGAGGCUAAGACAUACUCCUACUUGUGAACCUAAGUAUGAUUUAAACAGGGAUGGUAGGCUUUUCAAAGGUACCAUGGGAGAGCUUCCGCCAUAGAAAUGGCUGAACUGGGACGCAAGUAGAGAAGGACAGCUCUCUCUGUUCUGUAGUGUUUUUUUCUCACCUUCUCAAUCAUCAUUAAACUGUUUCAUUUUUAGGUCUGUGAAUCCUGCUGGUCUCAGGCAGAGUUAUUUUACAGCAGUCUCAGUAGACUACUCAAUUUUUCCCUCUUCAAAAUAGCAAGAGAAACCCUGUUGAUCUUAAUCAGCCAGUAAAUUUAUCUGCCUGACGAAUGUCUUAACUAUAAAGAUAAUCAUUAAUGUCAUGAGCCAAUCCAUUUUAACUGUCCACCCAGAGCACACCCUGAGAGGAAGCACACCAAGGCUUGUCUGUCAUUAACAAUAUUCUUCAUCACUGGAUAGCUCAAUUAAUUUAAAAAAAUGGAGUCGGAAAAUAGAAGCAGAGCAGAUCUUGCUCUCCCAAAUCCACAAGGGCCCUCCAGAGUGUCUGAAAUUGAACUUUCAGAAGCACCUUUUCGUGAGAGCACCCUACUGGAGAAGGCUGCCCCAUCACCACGCCAGACAUGGCUGACAUUUUUGAAAAGGGAGCUGGAAUUCCUAGGGGUAACACAAAUUCUGAUUGGUUUCAUGUGUUUUUGUUUUGGAACAAUUGUUUACUCCGUGUUCAAGAUUUCAGAAUUUGAGAAAGAUUUUUUUUCAUCAUUUAAAGCAGGCUACCCAUUCUGGGGAGCAGUAAUUUUUGCUAUUUCUGGAUUUUUGUCAAUUAUGUCUGAAAAGAAAAAUGCAACAUAUCUGGUGCAAGGAAGCCUGGGAGCGAAUUUGAUCAGUGUCAUAGCUGCAGGAACAGGAAUCUUUAUCCUGGCCACCAACCUAAAGAACAGCUUGGCUUAUAUUGAUAUUUGCCAGGAAGCUUAUGAAGAUGACUUCUGUAUGACGGCCUUUUUUUCCGCAGAACUUGUGGCAAUGAUCCUGUUUAUUACCAUUCUGGGGUUUGGGGCUGCUGUAUUACUCAUAGUCUACAGAAUUGGAGAACUAGUCAAAGAAAAUCAGAUUCCAGAAGAUCGUCUCUAUGAAGAAUUAAACAUAUAUUCACCAAUUUACAGUGAGUUGGAAGACAGAGGGGAGACAUCUCCCACUGACUCAUAAGAAGCACAUUCAGAACAUUCUCAUCCAUAGCAAAGGAUAUAGGAAGCCAAGAUCUUUGUUUAAGGGGAUACUGGCAAAAUUUCAGAUCUCUCAAUGAUCCACCAAUUUUACAUUGUGAUUUAUUUUCCCCAUGGUAAUAUUCUGUUUCUGUACAUCUAAGUAUCCCCGUUGCCCAAUUUGUCAAUAUGAUUGAUUCCUGUUUUUCUUGUUUUCUUCACACCCAUCUCUUCUGGGAAAUCAAUAUGCAAUAAGCAUUUACUGUGUGCCUUUAACUGUGCAAAUAGGGAAAGCAAGAGGGAGGCUGGUCAAGAGUUGAGUAAAAUUUUAACAGUUUUAUGUAGUUUUCAACCCUUUUAGAAUUCACAGAAGUGAUGGGCAUGAUACAUGUCUCCCACUAGGUUGUAAGCACCAUUCAGCAAACAUAUCCUGAGAACUAAUGAAGUGUUUUAAGUUUUCCACACUUGACUCUUUUACAUUGUGUAUCCCAAUAUUUCACCCAUAGUGGGUGCUGAGUGUAUAUUUAUGGAGUGGAUGGGUGUAGAUGCAGGGAAAAUAUGCCACCAGGCCAGGCCAGAGGUAGAGUAGAUAAGGAGAAAAAAAUGAUUCUGAAGUGAAUUUGGAGGUAAUAAGGAGACCAAAUUGGUACAUAUUAAGCAUAGACUUAGAAAGAUAGUCAGAAAUUUGAAUAGAAAUUCUGUAAUUAUGUGUUAAAUAUUUUGGUUAACAAUGGAUGCUUCCUGCUAAUUUUGAUCUUAUUAUAUGGAGAAACAUAUUAUAGUAUGUUAGAAAGAUCAUAGAUCUUAUGAAAUGAAGGGAGUCUACAUUGGAAUCCCAGGCUGAUUGCUUACUAGUUGAGUGAGUUGUGGCAAAUAAUUUACUCAAUAUGGGUUUUCUCAUCUAUAAAAUUAAGAUUAGGCAUAAUUUACCUGCCAGCACUAAAUGUCUGUUGUGGAAAUACACACAUACACAUAUGUGCUAUAAAUUUAAAAUGUCCUAAUAUAUAUUAUUAUAUAAAUUACCUAAUUUAUAUAUACAUCUAAGAAAUCUCCAAAUCUUACUAAUCUCCAGUGAUAUAAAACUUAAGUUUAUUUUAUCGUAAUUUCAAAAGCCUUACUCUCUUGUCCCACUUCAACUUUCUCUUUAAUAUGGUUUGUGCUUGACCACUUCACAUUAGCACCCUGACUUGAAAUGUUCUGCUCUCUCUUCUGUACUUCCUUGAAUCCCUGCUUUCUUUAAUGCCUAUCAUAAAUCCCACCUCAUUCUUUAAGAUUUUCUAGCCAAGAUUGCUCCUCUAUCAAGAUGAUGACUUUUGCCGAGACCGGUUUGGCUCAGUGGAUAGAGCGUCGGCCUGUGGACUGGGGGGUCCCGGGUUCAAUUCCG